AGAAAACAAUAAUAAACUAAGAGUGUUAAGAAAUCUUUCGCAGAAGUGCCUCCCAUCUUCCUCUUCGAACAACUUCAGCAUUUCUGAAACCAAAACGCGAUUCCAGUUCAAAUCAAAAUCGCACUUUUCAGUUCCUAUUCGCAACUCUCAUGACGAAUUCGCGUUUGGCGCAGGAAUGAACGCUUUCGCAUUCUCGAAUACCCUCGAACAGUGUUGGUAACCACAAUUCAAAGCCAUAUAGGGUUUCGGUGCACUUGAAAACACCGUUGUCCAUGGACGGUGGCGAUGACCCUUCAACAUUGGUAUGGCCUUGGGUCAUUGAAGCCGUAGCAGCCCGUAAAGAAAUCCCGAAUCCCACUUUGCUGAGUUUGAUUGAUGCAGCACCUGUGGGGAAGGAUAAAUUUGGUGAAAAUGUAAAAGAAAUGGUUUCUUUGAGGUGCUUGGAGACACUGUCCACUAUUAUGGUUGACGGUGUAGCUUCUUCAUCAUCGGAUUCCAGAGCUGGAUUUGAUUUUUCGCGGAGUUGUCAAGAUGUCCUCCAGGAAAUAUUGGAUGAGCAGAUCCUAUUAUCAAAUCUGAAAAUGAAUGCGCCGCUUUUGAAAUCAGAUCUUUACCCGUUUAUAAAUCACAAAAGAGCUGCCACUUCUAAAUGCCACUUAGAGCAGCUGAGACAAACAAUUUUGGAAGGUACUCAUCCUCAUACUGAUUACUUGAAAGAAAGGAGUGGAUUAUUUCCUCAGAAUAACAGUUAUUCGGUGAUUGUAAAUGAUGUCAAUCGUGAUGAUCAUUCAGCUAAGGAAGCUGGGAACUCCGCCAAUACAGAAAACGUGCUAGGAAAAGAUAACUCAGUGUCCUUGGAGAAUGGGAAUAAAUCUUCAAGAGAACACUUGCUUGAUAAUAAUUCUUCUCCCUCUAAGAGUAGGGUUUACUCAGUUGAUGAUUAUCUUACAAAACACUUUCAUGGAAAGCAAGUCUGUGUGAAGGAAUGUGGUGAUUUCUUUAGAACUUCAAAGAGGGUUAAACUUUCUGCAUCUACAAGUUUUGAGCCUAGGAAAGAGAAGCCAGAUUCUCAACACAGACAGGAAGUGUCAGAACAUUUAACUGAAAGAAUUCUUCUAGUUUCUGAACAAGGAGAUCAUCGUGUAGAAAAUAAUAACAAGGAAACUGUGGGUGGUGGGUCCUCAGAGGAUAUUCCCUAUGGAUGCAAUGUUUCAAAAUUGUGCCAACCCAGCAGCCAUAUUGAAGUCCCCCCUGAUGAAUCAAAUAUUCCUUUUAAUGAUGCUUUGAUGCUUCAACCUACAUUUGGUGGUGAAAAUUCUCAACAACUGCUGGUUAAGUCAAUUCCACAUGAAGCAUUUGCAGAUGGAAUCCAACAUGGGAUUUCAGGAGGUAAACCCAAGUCUAAACAUGAAAAAGAUUUACAACUUGAAGAUCCAAAUGACUCACCGCAUCAAAUUGCUGGUGUUAAAGAACAUGAUCAUACUGGGAAUGGUUGUAGAGUAGAGGUAUCAGGUGAUAUUGGGUAUCAAAGUGAAACAAAUAGCCUUAAAAUGAAGAAGCAGACAGUACAAAAUCUUUGUUUAAAGUGUAAUGAAGGUGACCAAUUACCAAUUCGAGAUGUAAAUGUCAUCCAACCAGUGGUUACUGAAUGUUGUCUCGGUAUGGCAACUACCAUGCCAACAAAUGAUGCUAAUGCAGAAAAAAAUCAACAAACAACUAAUCUACACCAACCCAAACAGACAGAACCAGAUAUCACUGCGUUAAAUCUCUCCCAAGAGCCAGUUGCUUGUGAUGAAACUAUAGUUGGUGUGGUUAAUGGUUGUGGAGCAGAGUUAUCAAGUGAUAGUGAUGAGUAUCACAACGAAAAAAAAUGUCUUGAAGCAAAAAAGCAUGAAUUCCUGCACUCCCACUGCAUGGUUGAUCAUGAUUUCAAAGCAAUGAAUGAACCAAAUGAAAAAAAUCUUUGCAUGAAGUGUAAUCAAGGUGGCCAAUUAUUGGCUUGUAAAACAACUACUUGCCCAAUGAUGGUGCAUGAAAACUGUCUAGGGGCCUUUGCACAAUUCGAUGCAAAGGGCGACUUUUUUUGCCCAUUUUGCACAUAUUCUCAUACUAUUUCAGAAUAUAUUGAAGCUAAGAAAGAAGCUUCCUUAGCAAGGAAGGAAUUAGCCAUCUUUAUUAGUAAAGGUAAAAUGAGUCAAGCUGCCGAGAGUCUUCUUAAUGAAUUUCGUACACAAGAACAUUGUUUUUCAAGAAAGAGUAGUGAGUAUCAACAUAUUCAUGUCAAAAACAAUAAAGAUGAACAGUUAACAAAGUGUGGAGACAAUAGAGAAGAUCAUGUUGAUGAGCAUGCAAAUGAAGCCAAUAAUCUUCUGUUUGGAAGAAGUCAGCAACAAACCCAUAUAUCGUGUACCUAUUCAUCAUUCAGAGAAAAGGAAAAUAUAAGCAAUGGAUCAGUUGAACUUUUAAGAGAAGAGAAAAUAGGUCAAAUGCCAAAUGCAGAGAACAUAACUGGUGUAAGAGGUGAAGAAAAUAAAGUGCCAACUGACCAUGUAGAUGGACUUGUUGGUGACACAUGUAUUAAUGAAAAAGAAAAUAUUGCCCUUGUUAAUAAAAGCAAUGCUGGAUAUGAAAGUCCACAAGAAACGGCAAAACAGCUAGAUACUGAUGGAGCAACAGAGUCAGUUUGUGAACAUAAUACUGGAAAAGAGGAAAUGUCUGAAAAUGAAAGUGAAAAGCAUCGUAUUUCUAGAUACUCCAUGAGAUACCGUAAACAUAAAAUGCAAUGCAAACCUGAGGCAAGCCCAGCAUUUCUGGCUAAUCAAUUAAGACGAAAAUAUAUUCCGUGGACAGCUGAGGAGGAAGAGAUGCUAAGGCAUUCCUCGAGCAUGUAUUUCUUUUGCUUCCACAACAAUUCUUUGAGAAGGAGUACAGAAGUUUGGUUUCGAUGACCCAAAGAAAUGGAAAAACAUUUUGGCAUUUGGUUCUCAUGUGUUUCAGAAAGUUGGUAAGCGCCGUACACCAAUAGACCUGAAGGAUAAAUGGAAGAACAUGUGCAAAGCUUCCCCAAAAUCAAAAUGAAAGGCUUCAUCUCAAGUUAUACAUGAAAGAGUGGUCAUCUGUCUGCCGCUGUUCCUCAUCCUCAUAUGACUGGCAGUAGUCGAAAAUUAGGUAAAAUUAGUAUUCUCUAUAUAAGGUCCCAGGUCUACCCAAACUACUUAAAAUUUUAUCUUAUUAAUUCUGGAAUGCUCCUAUGCGUCAUGCACUCCCUUACUGAUUUCGUGAAUUGUCACCAUGUUCUUUCACUUCAGGAGAUAAUUUAGUCUUUUUAAAAAAGAAAAUGUUGCAUCGAUUCCUCUUGUAACAUAUUAAUUGAUUAAAAGGACAGGACCCAUAUCUACACAAUAUCUGUACCAAAAUAUACGGUUCAAACGAUCUCAUAAUAUCUUGACCUCAAAACACAAGAAUUAUGGUUUAUGGAUCUUUAUUUAUACCUUCAAAAUACUGAAGUUAGUUGAACUUGUAGCUUGCUUCUUUGCUAGUCCAUAAUGUUCUAUGAAUGGAAACAAAAAAUAAAGAGGGAGGUUGCAUUUGCAUCAAUAUGUUGGUAUGGAAUAUGUAUUCAUUUUCGGGUUUUUGAAUGUGCUCAGUAUCCUAGGAUCAUUUUGGUUUACCAGAUUACUCUGGUUGAAUCAAGUGUAUGACAUGUAGUUUAUGUAUGUAUGUUGUUUACUUAGCUAAGGCAUUUCAUUUUGUUCUUCCCUCAUGAAACUCAGUAGAUGAUCUUUAUGUUAAGAGGUACACUUUAAGCUUAAUUCAACUCACAAAACCGCCUUAUAAGGUGAGGUUUGCACCCACUUA